AUGGCAGAGUGGGAUGGGAAGAGAGAAGAAGGGGUUUGGGGGGAGUGGGGGGUGGGUGGGGGGGGGGGGGUGGUAGGUGAGUGGGGGAGGGGGGGGCGGGGGCGUGGGGAUGUGUGGGGGGGGGUGGUGGUGGGGACGGGGGGUUGUGGGUUGGGGGGGAUGUUGUUGGGGGGAGACGUUGAUGGAAGGGGGGUGUGGUGGGGGGGGGGGGUGGGGGUUGGGAGUGGGGUGGGAGGUGUGUGGGGGGUGUGGUUAUGGGGAGGGGUCGGGGGAUGUGAUAGGGGGGUGAAGGGUGUAGGGGGGGGGGUGGGGGCCGAGGCUCGCGCAUCGAUCAGUGCCGGUGACUAUCGCUGGAGGCUGGAGCGCAACAGAGAACGGAGCCGGCGGGCGAAGGUCAAGACGGAGGCGGAAGUGGGAGCGGGAGAUUGGGGGAAGCCGUGA